AUGGCCUCCAUGUUUAAGUCGUUCAUUGUCAUUAUUCUUUUGAGUCUGAUUAGCAAAGGGUAUUGUGCUUGCUUGGACAAGAUCAACAUUUUAACUGCCAGAAGUGGAAGAGAGGUACAAGGCCAACCCGAAUGGAACGUAACUGUGACCAACAACUGCCCAUGCACUCAAAAGCUCAUAAAACUGACGUGCCAGGGGUUUCGGACUGCGGAGCCUGUGAGUCCUUCAAUCCUAUCCAAAGAUGGCGAUACGUGCCUCCUCAUCAAUGGCAAUGAACUGCCGGCGGGUAGUUCUGUGUAUUUCUCUUAUGCUUGGGAUCCUCCUAUCGUUUUCUGGCCUGAGGAUUCAGUUGGUGUAGGUUGCUGA